CUCUUCGAGCGCUGGAGGUAAUGAGAUUCAAUAGCUUCAGUAUGUAAGGAGUGAAGGAUAUAUUGUUUCAAGGCGGUUCUCCAUCUCCAUCGGAUAUUAAAAUCUCGUGGUGUCACAUCAGGAUUUAUAUCAAGAAGGUGCUCAAAUGAAUCAACCAUCAUGGCAUCUGAGGUGUUAGUUAGACCCGGCAUCGUCCCAGACGCGGUUGCCGAUAUGAAUGCUCAGCUUCCACCAUUACCCAAUCAGCUUCCACAAUGGUCCAGGGUUAGCAAGUUGGACAAAUCUCGCUACCCAAAGCCCUUCCUGAAGGACAGACUUAAUCCACUGCCUCCCACGCAUGAUGGUGUGAAAUUCAGUGACACUUUAGACAACCAAUCUGAUGAUAAUUCAUUGGAGAGUAAUCCAGAGGAUAUGAAUCCAUCUCAAAGGAUACAGCAUUUAGAAAAGAGUAUCCACUUCUUGAGACAACAACACUUUGAAAUAUUAUCUAGUCUUCAUGAAGAAAUAGACGCUCUAAAAAAGGAAAAUAAAGAACUGCAGUUCAAGAUAAUAAUGAAACAGAACAGCAUGCCAACCCCUCCUCAGUCUGCUAGUAGGAUUGUCAGGAAACGACUUGAAAGAAGUAAGGAAAGAGAAAAAUCGGCCAGUUCAGUGGAGUCGUCGAGGACGGGUGGUAGUGCUAGAGGAGGAAAACUAGACUCAGGAACAUCUGAUUUUGAAUCGGGCUCGACUGAACUACAUGUACACAUGUCAGAAUUGACAGCAUCCGAGACCAUUGAGUUGUCAAAUGAAGGGUCGAUCAAGAGUGAAAAAGACCAACCCAAAUUGUACGUUCUACAAGAGAAAAUCAAGGAAUUGAAAAUGCAGCUCCAAGAAGCCAGGAACAAAAAUAUAUAUCUCACCCAGGUCUUGGAGGAAGAACAGAAAAAGUCUUCGAAGAAGUACUCUGGUUCUGGGUCUACUGCCGCAGAGACGGUUGAAGACGUUGAUUUGACGACACAUCCUAUCACAGUGACCAAUCAGGUUACAGGAACGAGGCAGCCAUCUGCAUCUGAUUAUGAGGCCAUAAUACGACAACUUCAGGGACUCAAUGAAAAACAGUCAAAUGAGCUGAGCCGACUUAAAUCUGAUCUCAGGGACGUCCUCUAUUCUCAAAAAUGGACACCAGAUGCUUACCUCAUCGCCAAGGCGUAUGUGGCCGAUGAGGAGGAAGAUGGAAAACAAGGCAAACUUCCGAAGAUACAGCUGAAAAAUCCUUCAAGAAAAAUGCCGAAUGUAGCCUAUCUUCCAAAGGCACCCCCACCAGCAGACAACGCCAUGCAACUCCCAGCCAUGCGGCAGACGUUAGGAAACAGAGCAGCAGAGAGGAAGAAAAGGACACAAAUAUUACAGAAGGCACGGCUGAGGAAAGAAGUCUUACCAUGAUCUCAUAAUGUAGGAUAGAGUUAUUCUUAGGAUGGAGGGAACACUUUUAGCCUUUAGCAACUGUGGAAUGACUAUAUCUUUAAGGAUGAAGCAGUUUGUGACCUAAAGCUUGGGGCUGAGACUUUACUAAAGGUCCACUAUGAUAUUUACUAAUGAUUUAUUUUCAAAAACAGCAAAGCUAUGUCUAUGACCAUGAGGGAAAAAAAAUUAUCGAAAUUUGAGAAAAGUGAGCUAUGAUUUCAUCAUAGUCUGACAAAAUGAACUGUAGAGCGGUAGUGUUUACAAAAUGUAUUUCUAUUAACAUGUGGCACAGACAAAAGUAAUGUCUACGAUUGUCAAAGGCCUUUGAAGCUACCCAAACUACACUGGACUCAAACAAACAAAUGUAGAACACUGGUAAAACCAAUCGGAGACCGUAGUUAUUAAAGGUGUGAGAUUUUCUCCAGUACAACAUACAUCCAUUUUCUGUUUUGUAUGUGUUUCCAUGGUAAUUACAUGAAUUUGGUUACUGCAUACAUGUACGUGUUAAUUGUAUGUGAUAAUUGUUAGUGGAUUAUGCAGUAUUGAUGACUGAUAUUCAAAACUACCGUUGUAAUCCUUGGACAGCUGUUUUCUUUAUUCUCUGAUCACAGUCAUAUAUCGGGUCAGUUCUUUGUACAAAUUCUAUAAAAAAAUCCAAUAAAAAUUCAAUAACUUCAUCUCCUAAAGAUUUCUCGACAAAUUGUAAUUUGUAAAGUUCUUGCUAAACACAAGCACAAAUAUUUUCCCCAAAGUUAUCAGAUUUCUUAUGGGGACAAAUGACAAGGACAAAUUUUGACAAGUCUUGACUUUGAUGUUGAGGUUUUUUGCAAAGUCAUUUCAACACAACUGACAUAAUAUAAUCUGAAUUUUGUUGUUUUAUGUUUCACAAUAUGUGCCUUAUUCAUUAUGGUCAGGACUGUGGUUGUAUUUCACUAUAAAUACACCAACAAGUCCACAUUGUCUUGUAAUAUUUGUUGAGUUAAAUUCAGCAUUCACUCUGGUUCAUUUCUUAUGCUGUUGUGCCGAAGGUUGUAAAGUUUCCUUCGUUAUGUUAUCCUGCGACCAUUUUUGGCAUUGUUGUACUGGUUUAAUUGGAAUGAUCGAAUGAGGAAUUUCCUUGAAGUCUGUGUCCGUCAAAAUGUAUAUUAAUCAAAAGUUAUAGGUCUACUUCUCUCACUUCAAAGCCAGACAGAAAUCGUCCUGAAUCAACCACCUGUGAGACUCAUUCCGAAGCAAAAUUAGAAUUUCUUAGGCGCCACAUUGAUGGAGUGGUUUCAGUAAAGAUUUAAUUAACUUCCCUUUGCUGUACAUGUAUAAUGUUGUUUGAACCCUAGAGGAAUUGCCUUGGCUGAUCAGUGAAUCCACUGCUAUUUAGUUCUGAUUCCAAAACACGUUGUGAUAUUCUGCACUGUAAAGUCCCUGCACAUAUUGGUUUUAUAGGCACAAGCCACUUUUCUUACAGAGCUAUUUUUCAUUCUGUACUUACAUGACGUUUGAUUGUACAUGCAUAUGAUGAUAAAGAUCAGAUUAUACAGAAUAUUAAACCUUUUGACUUUUGUACACAUGUUGUGUACAUUUAUUUGGUCAUCUUGUGCACAUUUUGACCUGUACUUCAUAAGUACACUUUUAUUUUGUUGCUUGUACACUUUAAUUUCAACAAAAAUAUAGAAGCGAGCCUUGUAUUCUUUUUAUUUUAACUACAGUGUGACUCAUGACUGGAUCACAAAUUGGGGGUUAUUUACCACCAAGAUAUUACAAAAUUUGCACAGACAUGUUAGAUGAAAAUCUGCACAGACGAAUGCUGGAUUAAUGCUACUACCAUGCACUACCAGCCCAUUUGGUGUCUUCAAAAGAAUCAUUUGUGACACUCAGAGCACAUGUCUGUUAGUGACUGUUGAACACUGUUUGAUGUCUUCAUCCUGAAUCCUCUAAAAAAAUCACAUUUUGUUAUUUGAGUGUACUUGUAGAUUUGGAUGUAUAUGUUUUGUAUAUAUUGCAUGAAUAUGAUUGUAUAGUAAGAAGGUCUUUAACUAUGAGGCUGACGAGUUGUCCUGUGUGCUAGAGUUAUGCUUUGGUGUCAGAUUCAUGUUAAUCUUCAGCUAUAGACAGUAAUCCUAGGCCUAGAUAAGUCAGUUUUGAUGCUUCACUGUCCUGUGUGUGGACAGUGGCAGGGUUGCUCUACGUAGUUCAGCUGCGAGUAGAGUAGAGGCUGGGUAUAUCAUAUUACUAAUUUCGUCACAGUGGAAAAUGUGGGUAGGUAACACUAUGGAAUCCAUUGUUAGCUGUUGGGAGACUGGCAUUUGUCUUUUACUCUGCAGCCAGACAUGGUUCCCCCUAAUUUCAGGAAAAAUCUUAUAAAUUUCAGCAUUUUGAAACAUCUUAAAAUCAGUCUUGAAAUUCUGGGCCUACCUCAGGUGUCAACCCUGCCUGAGUCCACAGUAGAUUGCAGGCUUUUUAGAAUUGAGGUCUAGUGUUACGAGUCAUCUAAGAUAUCUGUGUAAUCAUUCAGGACCAUGCUCGGCACCUCAUUUUCUGGAUUCAUCACAUAAUAAAUUUUG